AAUUACGAUAACCAAUCGGAACAAAGCAAUCAGUGAAGAAAACACCCCGAUUGGUUAUCUCUUGCAUUCACGACCACACUUACGCAAUUGUAGAGUGACCUCAAUAAUGAAAACAUUGUUCCAUUGCGAACGCAAUCGUUGCGAUUCAAACUUUCGCGGGCGAGUUCUCGCGGCGGCGGCUUUGUGCGUCAGUGUCGCUGGCAUCGGUUCCGUUACGUUCGCGCUUACAGCACACUGCGUACUUUCGGCGCUUCUGCGCCCGCGCAGAAAUCGGCAACUUGGUGUCGUAUAUUAUUUGUGCGCGCACGUUGUUGGCGAGUUAGUGACGCGACGAUUUCACGAGUUGGUCGACUGGACUGAGAGCGAGGAGCGUCAACGAAAGAUGACAUUGAAAAGCUUUCCUAGAGGAGGAAAGAAACUUGAAGUUAAGAAAUCUUCAAAUGUGGUAUUUGAUCAGAAGCCUAAACCUAAUAAAAAACAUAAAAGUAAAUCUAAUAAACAAUAUAGUGACACAAUUGUGAAAGAAACAAAUUUUGUUGCCAAUACUGCAAAACGUUUAUCUAAUGCAACAAUAUGUGAAGGAAUGAUAAUUCUUGGUCGGAUUUCUGAAGUAACUGAAUACGAAUUAAUUGUGUCUAUACCAGGUGGACUUCUGGGAUGUGUGCAAGUCACAGAUCUUGGUGAAUCUUACACAAACCUGUUACAGAACAUAAUUAACUCAAAGGAUGUUCAAACCGAUGAGUUUAAAUCUCUACCAGACUUGUACAAUGUCGGUGAUUAUGUAGUAUGUUAUGUUAAAAGUGUGAAUCCUAAUGGAAAAUGGCUAUAUAGUUUAUCUCUGGAGCCUCAGUUAAUAAAUCAAAAUGUUGAUAAUAAUUAUCUUGUGAAAGGUAUAAAGAUAGUUUGUACUGUUAAGAGUAUAGAGGAUCAUGGCUAUGUGGUUGACACAGGCAUAGCUAAUGUUAGAGCAUUCCUUGCUACAAAGUAUAUCAACAAAGAGAAGGAGUAUUUUCCAGGUAAUCAAAUCAUGUGCGCCAUCAAGGAGAUAAAAACAGUAGAUCAGGUCUCUGUUAUCACAUUAUCAGCUAAGAAGAAAAUAGUCAACAGUGUCAGCAUACACGACAUAGAAUCUUUAGAUGUCCUAAUGCCAGGAACAAAAUUGUCACUUCGCGUAACGAGAGUGCUUUCGAAUGGCUUGCAAGUUAAGUUUGGGAAAGAUAACAUUGGAUACAUAAAUCAAAUUUACUUGGACAGUUCUUUAUCUAAGUAUGUGGAUGACACAGAAGUGACCGGCACAUUAUUGUAUGUAAUGCCGACUGUGAAAUUCGCAUACUUCAGUCUGCUAACUGACGUAUCCGAAGAAGAGAAGCUGAAAGUGGGUGAUGUUAUUAAUAAUGCCAAAGUAUUAUACAGAGAGUCUAACGGGAUAAUAUUCAGGUUAACCAAAUCUAAUCUGCGCGGGUUCAUUUCUCUACAUAGAACCGAUGUGCCAUUUGACAAAAUCCUGACAAACUUUAAACAAGAUUCUGUGCAUAGAUGCAGGAUAAUCUCAUAUAACUGGAUGGAACAUCUUUAUGUCUGUACAAUGGAGAAUGAAAUUUUGCAGCAAAAAUAUUUUUCAGUCGGCGACCUUAAAAUCGGUAAUAUUCUCACUGUCAAGGUUACAAGAGUUGACACGAAGUCUGGCUUCGUACAGGUGCAAGCAGGAAAGAUUUACGGAAUUGUCGCACCGGAACAUGUAUCCGACAGUGGUUUAAACGUGUUGCAAAUUCAAGAUAACGUCGAAGCGAGAGUGUUAAGUAUUAACAACGAUAAACGCAACAUAAGGUUCACGUUGAAGCAGUCGUUAGUAAAGAGCGAGCUACCAGUUAUGCACGAUAUCUGUGAGGCGCGAUGUGGACAGGAAUAUCACGGUACAAUCACUAAGAUAAACAAGAACGGCUUAUUGGUGAGAUUUUACGGCGACAUUAAAGGAUGGGUCCCACGCACUGUAUUGGACAGCAACACGUCCGAUAUGAAUUGGAAUUACACAUUGGGACAGACCGUCACGGUGCUGAUCGACUCGAUCGAGAAGGACGAGGAUAAAAUGAAACUCAGAAUAAUCAUGGGAGAACAGAAACAACAACAGUCCAUUAACAUGAAGAUCGGGGAACUGAUCGAAGGAGUAAUAAUGGAAUCGUCCAUGGAAGGAAUACAUCUGAGAGUACGUAAGACCGACAAUGAGGUCACGGUUGGCUUCUUACCGGCCGGUCACAUGUCUCCGUGCAUAGAAAUCGGCGGUCUACUCGCGUCGAAAUGCACUCCUGGCGACACUAUCUCGGCCUACGUCUUUGCCACACAGCCGAGCGUGAUAAUGUCACGCACUUAUGUGACACAGGAGCAGUACAGAAACUUUCACACGCUGAAGAUAGGGGAUUGCAUUCCGUGCACGAUCAGGGACAUCUCGCAGGACGGCGUGAGAGUUAUCUUGCCCGUCGAGGAUUACUCCACAUUCGGAUUUAUCUCAUACAAGAAUAUUAGCGACUUCGAGCUGUUGCGUGUGAAUCAGAUAUUGCUCGUUAAAAUUACGGCUAUUAACAAACGAGAGAAACAAUUGACGCUGACGAUGGGGUUGAAAGACGUGUGGGAGAGCUCUGUCGAGCACGGGAUGAAGAUGCUGUCGGCGGUGGAUGUCUUGAGCUUAUACCUCAAUAAAUUGUCGGAGCUGGCGACUAAUGCGUUUUACGAGAACAAACCGAUUUCGUUGGUGACUUUGGGUCAUAAAGUCACAGGCGAGAUCGAGAAGAUCACCGACCACGGUCUCGUACUUCGACUAGAUAAUAAACUGACGGGCGUAGUGCGCAAGGAUCAUUACACCGUCGAGCCUAAAGUCGGAGAUAAGGUGUUCGGUACAGUUUUGUGGAAGAACUAUGUCCACGACUUCGUGGACGUGUCGUUGUUACCAAGGAUCGUGAACGGGAUCAGCUCCAAGCAAAGAAAACUACCGGAGCUUCCUGACAAGCUUGUGCUGAGAGGAGAGAUCCUGAUGAUCAGCAACUGGUUGCUAAUCGUCCUCGUGAAACGUCACGGUUCAGGAUAUUUAGUGGCUUUGCCGGUCCGUCGACACCUGAACGAUCUCUCUCCUGACUUGACGCCUUACACGGUGCACGCUAAGAUCCGAUUGUACGUGGUAAUGGCGAGAAAUCAGUGCGGUAUCGUUCCGAUUGGAAUGCUGAAAUCUGCGUUCGAAACUCCAAAAAAAGAGACACAGCCGCUGUCUAGCACAAAUAAAAAAUUGAAGAGAAAAAUGUCCGAGCAACAAGAUACUGCCUCAACGAGCAUGAUGCUUAAAAAACCGAAGAGGGAAACAACGACUGAUGAUGGUGUUGGCAGCGACAGAAAACUCAAAAGUAAAAUCGAUAAAACAGCCUGUCUAAAGAAAAGUGAGACCAGCGGAUUCAUCCACUCUUCCGACGAAAGUGAUGCAGAAGAUAAGUUGCCGACAAAAAGAUCACAUAUUCCAGAAUGCGGAUUUAAUUGGCACAAUAAAACAGGCUCGGCUGUAGUAGCUGUCAGCGAGACGUCCAGCGAUGAUGAAGAGAAGACCACGGACGAGCCGAAGCUAAAGAAGAAGAAGCUGAGCGCAGCCGAACGUCGGGAAGAGGAACGGCGGAAGGAACGCGAGAUUCGCCAGCGGGAAGAGGCUUUAGCGAGCAAUCAGGUGCCCAACUCCAUCGACCAAUUUGACAGACUAGUCAGCCCGGACAGCUCGUUGGUGUGGCUGCAAUAUAUGGCGUACCAUUUGCAAGCCACAGAGAUCGACAAAGCGAGGUCGGCCGCGAGACGGGCUAUCAAGACAAUCAACUUCCGCGAAGUUGACGUGUCCGAAGAGGAGAGGCUGAAAGUGGGUGAUGUUAUUAAAAAGGCUAAAGUACUAUACAGGGAGUCUAACGGGAUAAUAUUCAGGUUGACCAAAUCCAAUCUGCGCGGGUUUAUUUUUCUACAUAAAACGAAGAAAACGAGCGUCGAGGCGGUGAAGGCAAACUACGCACCGAAGGUAUACACGCAUAUGCUGGACAUGCAUGUGGACGCCGGUAGGCAGGCCGAGCUGGAGAAGUUGAUCGCCACUAUAACUGGCAAAUUCAAGCAAAACCCUGAGACAUGGGUGGACUGCGGUACAGCGUUCCUGAAAAUUGGACUGAAGGAGAAGUCGCGGUUAGUCUCAUCGUCGUCGUACGGUGACACGGCCGGCACCGGCAGCGGCAGGUACAGCGGCUCCACAUCGAGCGCCUCGUCCUCAAGGGAGCGCAACCUCGUCAAUACGUCUGCGGCGGACAUCAUCAGCAGGUAUUCGCCAGCCGGUUACGUGCCGAACAUCCGUCAUUCCGUCACCAGUAGCGGUAAUGCGCAUCACUGGAAGUAUCGUUCGACGUCGUCGAGCCUCAGCGAGUUGUUCGGUGCUCACCACCGAAGAAACUCAUCUGAGAGACAAAUGACAUUGAAAAGCUUUCCUAGAGGAGGAAAGAAACUUGAAGUUAAGAAAUCUUCAAAUGUGCGCACGUCAAGAUCCGAUUUUACGUUGUUAAUGGCGAGAAAUGAGUGCGGCAUCGUUCCGAUUGGUAUGCUGAAAUCUGCGUUCGAGACUCCCAAAAAAGACACACAGCCAUUGUCUAGCGCGAAUAAAAAAUUGAAGAGAAAAAUUCCCGCGCAACAAGAUAGUGCCUCAACGAGCGUGAUGCUUAAGAAACCAAAGAGAGAAACGACGACUGAUGAUGGUGUUGGCAGCGAUAGAAAACUCAAAAGUAAAAUCGAUAAAACAGCCUGUCUAAAGAAAAGUGAGACCAGCGGACUCAUCCACUCUUCCGACGAAAGCGAUGCUGAACACAAGUUGCCGACCCCAAAAAAAUCACAUAUUCCAGAAUGCGGGUUUAACUGGGACAAUAAAACAAGCUCGGCUGUAGUAGCUGUCAGCGAGACGUCCAGCGAUGAUGAAGAGAAGACCACGGACGAGCUGAAGCGAAAGAAGAAGAAGCUGAGCGCAGCCGAACGUCGGGAACAGGAACGGCGGAAGGAACGCGAGAUUCGCCAGCGGGAAGAGGCUUCAGCGAGCAAUCAAGUGCCCAACUCCAUCGACCAAUUUGACAAAUUGGUUCUGUCCAGUCCGGACAGCUCGUUGGUGUGGCUGCAAUAUAUGGCGUACCAUUUGCAAGCCACAGAGAUCGACAAAGCGAGGUCGGUCGCGAGACGGGGUAUCAAGACAAUUAACUUCCGUGAAGAAAACGAGCGUCUGAACCUGUGGAGCGCUUGGCUCAAUUUGGAGUCCAGAUACGGCACGUCUGAGUCCCUGAACGACGUGUUCCAGGAGGCGGUGAAGGCAAACGACGCUUCGAAGGUGUACACGCAUAUGCUGAACGUGCAUGUGGAUGCCGGUAGGCAGGCCGAGCUGGAAAAGUUGGUCACCAUUAUGACUGGCAAAUUCAAGCAAAACCCUGAGACAUGGGUGGACUGCGGUACAGCGUUCCUGAAAAUUGGACUGAAAGAGAAGUCCCGGUAUACCAUGCAAAGAGCAUUGCAAUCUUUGCCUACGUCUCAGCAUGUAAACUUGAUAGUGAGAUUCGCGAAUUUAGAGAACAAACUAGGAGACAAGGAGCGAUCGCAGACAUUAUUCGAGCAGAUCCUGAGCUCCUAUCCUAAGCGCGUCGACGUGUGGUCUUCUUAUGUAGAUUGCUUGGUAAAAACCGAGGAUUUCGAUAUAGCCAGAAAAAUAUUGGAACGAGCCGUUGCCCAGACUCUCCCAGUAAGAAAAAUGAAAACGCUGUUCAAGAAGUUCAUUAGUUUUGAG